AUGUCUGGAAUCAAGUCUCCGGCUGAAGAGCCCGGAGCGAGAGGCAGUGCCAAUGGCUCUGCCGAAAGCUCCAAGAACCAUCGCGUUGGAACUGGAAAACAGUCUGAUGUCGCGAUUUGCGGCGUUGGUAUCCGCCUCGCCGGUGGUAUUCACAGUACCAAAGAGUACUGGCAAGCAUUGAACGGUAGUCUACUUGCCCGAGGUUCUGCGCCAGCUGCUCAGAACAGCGGCCGAUUGAGCGAAGGGCCCAACGCUUUUGACGCGCCUUCCUUCAGGAUAGCAGAAGAUGGAUGGACCAAUCGUGAGCCGUUUUAUCAGAAAUUGUUGGAGGUCACUCACGAAUGCCUGGAGGACGCGUGUGAGGUCAGCUAUCGUGGUGAAAAGGCUUCCGUGGCUUGCUACGUGGCGACAUCUUUCCAGAAGGACGCUGGUCUCGAGGAAAGGGGAGGUUCGUCGACGGCAAAACUCAUAUCCCAGCAAUUCGACUUCCAUGGACCAAGCGCGACUAUUGAGGCUGCUGAGAGCUCUGCCUCGCUGGUGGCACUUGAUGAAGCUUGCAAGGCUGUCUGGAACGGCAAUGCUAAAGCCGCUCUCGUCGCGGGCAUCAACCUCAUCGCCACCGGGGCGACUGUGGAUGAUGUCGAGGGCGAGGCGGUUGUUGCAGUGUUCAUCAAGCCCCUGAGCGAUGCAGUUCGUGAUGGGAACCCCAUUCAGGCCGUCAUUCGCACCGCUGGUCCGAACUCGCGUGAUACUGCAGUUGUCGAAUGUUCUGAUGUCCAGUUUUCUGGAAGCUCCUCUCAGCCUGCGCUUGGCAAGCUGAAGAGCGCGUUUGGCCUCGUCGGCCUGAUCAAGGCCAUGGGGUCUUUGGAGCACCAAGACAUUCAGUCUUCUGGCAUGACUGCAUCAAAUGAUCAAACCCCAAGCCAGAAGGACCUCGACCUUCCAUCUGGUCGAGCUCAAAGAAUCCGCAUCAACUUCAUCGGCAAAUCUGGACAUGGAGCGCACAUUGUCAUUGAGCCGUAUCAGCAGCAUGGCUCUCCGGCAAACGACGAUGAUGCUCGCCCGCAGCUGGUGCUGUUCUCUGCAAACAACGUGACGUCUCUCAACCAGCAGAUGCGGCUUCACCAUGACUUCGCCAGACAACACCGAGAUCUCGUCCCUGAUAUUGCCUACACUCGAGCUAUGCGACGAGAAGCCCUUGAUCACCGGGCGUUCUCUAUCCUCGCCACCGAUGGCGAAUGCCUCAGCACAGCCAACCCCGCGAAAUGCCCAGUUGCGCCCCCGUCUAUCACGAUGGUGUUCAGUGGUCAGGGAGCGCAAUGGGCAGGCAUGGGAAAAGAGCUUCUUCAGCUCGAUGCAUUCAGAAACGACAUCGAGAGAAUGGACACCAUCUUGCGUCAACUGAAAAAUCCGCCCUCCUGGACGAUCGAGGAAGAGAUUCAGCGAUCAUCCAGCGACCCUCUCAGUCGAAUCAACUCUGUCGAAACGGCUUGUGUGGUCUCUACUGCUCUACAGAUUGCUAUUUUUCAUCAGUAUGAGCGGCUGGGAGUCAGGGCAGAAGCUGUCGUUGGCCACUCCAGUGGUGAGAUUGCUGCAGCCUACGCGGCAGGCUACCUGAGCUUGGAGGAGGCAGUUAUUGUGGCCUAUCAUUAUGGAUACGCCGCUGCUAUGAGCGCAUGCGAUGGAGCUAUGGCGGUGACGGGCCUCAGCGCUGAAGAGACAAGGGAGCUACUGCGUGAUGGAGCCGUCGUGGCCUGCGAAAACAGCCCGACAAGUACGACAAUCUCUGGCGACCGCGGCGUUGUGGAGGACAUCAUAGCUUCGAUCCAGCAGUCGAGACCACAAGUCACCACGCGGAAAUUACGCGUUGACACGGCUUUCCAUUCUCACCACAUGAAAUCAGUAUCUGCCGAAUUUCUGCGGCUUCUAGGGACUGAAGGGAUCACCUCGACGCGGCGAACAGCGAGAAAUGCCGUCUUCAUGUCAAGCGUCAGCAACUCAGUCCUUACCUCCCCCAAAGAUUUUGGCCCCAAUUACUUUCUCAACAACCUGAUUUCUCCUGUUCGCUUUUCCUCCGCAGUCAUGUCUCUUCUCGAUGUCAUCCCGGAACACGGCCUCUUCCUCGAGAUUGGGCCUCAUUCCACUCUGUCUGGUCCUCUGUCUCAGAUUUGCGCCGCUGCCAAUGUGACUUGCAACUAUAUCUCAUCUCAGUUCCGACAGACAGACUGCUUGGCGAGCCUUCUAUCGGCUGUUGGCCGCCUCUGGCAGAAUUCUGUGGCUUUGAACCUAGACCCGUUAUUUACGGGGAAAGCAAUCUCUGGGUUGCCUCGUUACCCAUGGAACUACGGCGAUUACGAUGAAAGCGACCCCUUAAAUGCGGACAAAACGCCAUUGUCUGCAAAGGAUAUGCGAGCACAAGUUCUCAAGAGAUCUGCGUUAUCGAUGUCUUCGAAACUCUCGGUCGAUGAUACGCCAGAGACAGACAUGGAGUUUAUCCUGCGGGCCAUGUGGGCAGAUGUGCUCUGCAAUGUGAUCCAUAUUCGCGUCGAGGACAUUGGCAAGCGCCAUAACUUCUUCCUUCUCGGUGGCGAUUCCCUUACCGCGACUGAGCUUGCGACAGUUGCCUAUCGACAUGGAAUUCGUCUGUCACCAACGGAUGUGACGGAGAACCCCGAGCUUGUACGCAUGGCUGCUGUCGCGGUGGUCGACGAUACCGACCAAACUGCCAACACUGAACCGUUCAGCUUGAUUCCCAGCGAGGACAUGGACACUAUCAUAUCGGACAUCCAGAGGCAAUGCAGUCUCGCUGCUGAAGCAGUUGAAGACAUAUACCCUUGUACCACACUUCAAGAGGGAUUCAUGGCACUGGGAGUGAGGCAACCUGGAUCGUAUAUUCAUCGACAAGUCUACAAGCUUAGGCCGCAUGUUGACAUUGAUCGGUUCACGGCCUCUUGGGACACAGUCAUCAGGCAUUGUGGCAGCCUCCGGUCCAGGAUCGCUCUGAUAAACUCACAAGCCUUGCAAGUUGUGGUCACCACUGACACUGCGUGGGAUGCUCCUGUGUAUAACGUCGACGUCAACGAAUAUCUGAGGGAGUCUCGCAGUAUUCCUAUGAGCUACGGGGAUUGCCUUAGUCGGAGUACACUAUUGUAUCAAGAGAACGGCGAUAUCUAUUUUGUCUGGAUUGUUCAUCACGCGGUUUUUGACGGUCUGAGCAUGAAGAUUGUUCUCGAUUCUCUACAGAGGGCCUAUCUUAGCACGGAUUCAUUCGAAGCCCUGCCGCCAUACUCGAACUUUAUCCGGUAUAUUGGAUCGCUCGACUCUGACUGUUCUCGUGAGUACUGGAGGAAUGAACUAGAGGGCUCACAGCGGUCUCAAUUCCCCGUUGCUUCUAUAUCUUCGGGGUCUCGAGAUCGUGUCUUGACGAAGACCUUGCCGUUCCGUAACUCGAAAGCAUCGAUAACGACCGCCACCAUCAUCCGUGCUACCUGGGCCCUUGUUCUUGCUCAGUAUUGCGGCUCUGACGACGUAUGCUUUGGCAUGACCCUCUCUGGCCGACAAGCCCCCGUGCCCGGCUUGAACGAGAUUCCCGGUCCCAUGAUUGCCACAGUACCUGUGCGCAUCCAGGUCAAGCGCGAUAUGCUUGUGUCUGAGUUUCUGCAGCACGUUCAGUCGCAGGCGUCCAUGAUGGUUUCCCAUGAACAAUACGGGUUACAAAAUAUCUCUAAGCUUGGUCAGAAUGCGAAAGACGUGUGUGACUUUGCCAACUUGCUUGUCAUCCAACCCACCCCGCACCUCUCUUCAGUGGCCUGCUCUUCACCGGAUUCGAUCCUCCAGCAAGGUCCGGUGGAGAAAGCGAUUUCAGAGGAAGCAAUGCGUAACUAUUUCAAUUAUCCAUUAGUCCUGCAAACCCGGGUUGGGGAUGAUGCCAUUGAUCUUGAGUUCACUUACUAUGAUGACGUUUUGAACGAGGGUCAGCUGGAAGCAUUAUUCCAUCAUUUCGAACAUGUCACCCGGCAGCUUCUUCAACAAGACUAUUUGCCUCUGAAGUCUGUGACCGUCUCCAGCCAGUGGGACUUGCAGCGUGCCAAGGAAUGGAACAGUGAAGAACCCGAAAUUGUCUCUUCAUGCCUUCACCAGAUCAUUGAACGCCAAGCCAUCGAGCGACCCGAUGCAAUGGCCAUUCGUGCAUGGGAUAUGUCAUUGACAUAUAAGAAGCUUAAUCAUGCCGCCGACAGACUUGCACACUAUCUGAUCGACAACUCUGCGGUUCAGGUCCAGACGGGCGACCUCGUCCACGUGUGCUUCGAGAAGUCGGCGUGGUUCUUCAUCUCCACCCUGGCGGUCAACAAAGCUGGAGCUGCUUGGGUACCUCUCGACCCGUCCCACCCCUUUCAACGACAGAAGCAGAUUGUGGCACGAACCAAGGCAAAGCUUGCAUUAGCUUCGCCCAGAAAUGCUGCUCUUUGCGCUGACCUGGUCGAGAAUGUCAUUGAAGUCACUGCUGCUCUUGACGAGAUGCUGUCAGUGAGAAGGCCAGGUAGCAAGAGACUGCCCCAAGUGUCACCAAACGCUGCUGCUUAUGUCCUCUUCACCUCUGGAAGCACUGGGACCCCUAAAGGCUUUGUCAUGCAGCAUCAGGCUCUUUGCACCAGCCAAACGGCUAUUGUUAAAAGGUUGGGCAUGACGUCGGAUGUCAGAAUACUUCAGUUUGCAUCAUACGUCUUUGAUCUUUCGAUUGGCGAGGUCGUUGGUCCAUGGGUUGCUGGCGCCUGCAUACAUGUGCCAUCCGAAGAAGUCCGAAUGAAUGAGCUCGCUGAAUACAUACGCAAUAUGAAGAUCAACUGGGUGUUUACUACUCCUUCCUUCUCCCGAACGCUAAAACCGGAGGCCCUUCCUGGCGUUGACUUGAUGCUGCUGUGCGGUGAGGCUGUAAGCCGCGAUAUACUAGAGACAUGGUUCGGAAAGGUUCGUCUUCUGAAUGGAUGGGGUCCAGCCGAGACCUGCGUGUUCAGCACACUUCACGAAUGGACAUCUCUCGCCGAGUCCUCCUUAACAAUCGGUAGACCCGUUGGCGGCUUCUGUUGGCUUGUUGACCCCGAAAACCCGCAUGUUCUAGCACCUAUUGGAACUGUAGGCGAAGUCGUCAUCCAGGGGCCAACGCUGCUUAAAGAGUAUCUCGCGGAUCCUGCCAAGACCGAGUCGACAACGAUGCGAUCGCUGCCGGACUGGGCGCCCUACCGCAGUUCAGACCACUGGAAUCGGCUUUACAAAUCUGGUGAUUUGUGCAAAUACAACUCAGAUGGAACAAUAGCCUUUGUUGCCAGAAAAGAUACCCAAAUCAAGAUUCGAGGCCUUCGGGUCGAAUUGGGAGAGGUCGAGCACCAGAUCAAGGCAUCCCUCGAAGGGGUCUGUCAAGUGGUGGUGGACAUGAUCCACACCGACGCUGGUUCAAGCCUGAUUGCCUUCUUUUGCUUCAGUAACGAGACGCAGACGGUGACAGCAGCUAACACAACUGCCGAUGAAACUGCCACAAUGUUUCUCCCCGUCACCAGCCAGCUGAAGAGCCAGAUUGUUAGCAUGAUUGGACACCUCUCCGUGAAUCUCCCAAGGUACAUGAUACCGUCAUUCUUCGUUCCUUGCAGAUAUAUGCCAUCGAUUACGUCGAAGAAGCUGGAUAGGCGUACGUUGAAGACUCUGGUAGAAUCGCUGGGCUCUGAGGGGCUGUCCGCUUACUCGCUUGUUGAUACUGUCAAGAACCCACCGGAAACGCCAAUGGAGAGCAAGUUGCAAGCGCUCUGGGCGAAACGACUGAACAUGCCGCUGGAUGCCAUUGGACGAGACGAUAGCUUCUUGCAGAUCGGCGGUGACUCCAUUGCUGUGAUACAUUUUGUGGCCGACGCCCGCCAGGCCGGGAUAUCUCUCUCCGUCCAGGAUGUAUUCGACGACCCACGACUGUGGCGAGUGGCUGCCAUUGCAACUACAGCCAACGGAGACACCCAAUCGGCUCCCAGCGUAGCACCUUUCGGCCUCCUUGAGCCGGACCAGGUCGGCUCAGCGAUGAGAGACGAAGUGCUUAAGCAGUGCGAUCUACCCAGUUGGGAUGCCGUCGAUGACGCCUUUCCCUGUACUAAACUACAGGAAGGGCUGAUGGCACUGACGGCGAAACAACCGGGAGCUUACGUUGCGAAGAUGGUGUUCAAGGUUCCGAGGCAUGUCGAUGUUGAUCGCCUCAAGGCCUCCUGGGAUCGAACAGUUGCCAUUUGCAGCAACUUGCGCACCAGGAUCGUUCAGCUCAGCAGCCUGGCUUCUAUUCAAGUCAUUGUCAAAGAAGCUGCGCAAUGGGAGCCGACAGAUAACCAAGGCAUAGAGGCCUUUUUGAGACAAGCCAACAGUAUCCGCAUGUCCUACGGAUCGCGACUCGCCCGAUUCGCACUCGUGCAAGGCGACAAUAGCGAUCGCUAUUUUGUUGCUAUCAUGCACCAUUCAAUCUUUGAUGGGUGGUCUCUGGGUCUCAUGGUCCAGACAUGCCACGCGCUCUACAGAGAGACCGAAGUGCCGAAGCUUGAUCCGUACUCAACAUUUGUGCGGUACACUCUGCAACUCGAAUUUGAGAGUUCGGAGAAGUACUGGAAGACACAAAUGGAUGGAGCGAGACGAGCCGUGUUCCCUCUACCAAGAGACGAUAUCACGGUUGCCAAAAGCCAGAGAAAUGUUCAAAUCUCGGCGAAGGAGGUCAAGAUACCGCAGUCGACAAACGGGGCCAUUACCAGAGCAACAUAUCUACGAGCUGCUUGGGCCAUGCUACUUGCAAGAUACUGCAAUACAGAUGAUAUCUGCUUUGGUGCCUCUGUUUCUGGCCGCAACGCUCCUCUUGUAGGUGUAGAGGGCGUGCUUGGCCUGGUUGUUUCUACACUUCCAGUCCGAGUUCGGCUGAAUCCAGACCAGCCACUGUAUGACUUCCUUCGCGACGUUCAGAAGCAGUCCAACGAUAUGGUGAUACACGAGCAAUUUGGGCUACAGAACAUAGCCAGGAUCAGCUCCGAUGCAAAGGACGCAUGCAACUUUACCAGUCUCAUGGUUGUCCAACCAAAGGAGAUGACAAGCGAAUCCGACGGAGAUGAGGCAAUCCUUCUGUCCACCAGGGCGGAACAGCGUUUGGCAUGGCAGUCGAUGGAAGACUACUACAACUAUCCUCUCAUCCUCCAAUGCCACCUGGGAGAUGAUAGUGCUGAGCUUGAGUUUGUAUAUGAUGCACACGUUAUUUCUGAAUUUCAGGUGCUUGCGUUAUCCCACCAGCUCGACAAUAUCAUUCACCAGCUUGCAUCUCUGGACAAGAAAACGCUUCUACGGAACGUACCGAGGGCUGGACCGUGGGAUCUUCAGCAAAGCAUGGAUUGGAACUCUCACGAGAUUGUGGUCCAAGAACACUGUAUCCCCGAUCUCGUUUCUCAGCGUGCCAAAACAUGCCCCGAUGAUGAAGCCUUGUACUCUACUGAAGGAUCGCUCACAUACGCUGCCUUGGAUCGUCUGUCUGAUCAUGUCGCAUAUCAGCUUUUGCAACACAACGUCCAGCCUGAGACGAUUGUACCGAUUUGCAUGCAAAAGUCUAUCUGGGCGGUGGUUGCCAUGGUUGGUAUCUUGAAGGCUGGUGGUGCAUAUAUGCCACUUGAUCCUGCGCACCCAGAAUCACGACGGCAAGCCUUGGUUCAGGAGGUGCAUGCUAACGUGAUAGUGUCAUCGCCAUCCAUGGCUGCAUCUUGCGAAAGAAUGGCGCCUCACACCAUUGAGGUUUCUUCGUCUCUACUGACACUGGUUCCUGAGAUGCUUAUGGACUAUCGUUCACUCAGUAACUACAAGAGACCGGAGCCUCAUAACGCUGCGUAUGUUCUCUAUACAUCUGGCUCUACAGGAAAGCCGAAGGGCUUGGUCGUCACGCACUCGGCGGCUUGCACUUCGCUGUUGAAACACCCUGAUAUGUUCAAGUUCAAGAAAUCUUCGCGAGUUUUCCAAUUCGCAAGCUACGUCUUUGACGUUAGCGUCUUGGAUAUAUUCACUACACUCAUUCUCGGAGCUACGGUCUGCAUUCCUACGGAAACCGAGAGAUUGGAUAGAGCAUGGCGCUUUAUGACAGAGGCACGAGUCACCUUGGCAUGCUUAACGCCAUCAUUUAUCAGGACUCUGGAUCCUGAUAGUCUCCCCACUCUCCAGACAGUCGCUAUCGGUGGAGAGGCUACCACAAAGGAUAUCCUUAAAACAUGGCACGGGCGAGUCGAGCUGAUCAAUGCAUACGGGCCUGCGGAAGCUUGUGUGAACUGCUCUGGUCAUCCCUUCAAGUCUCGGGACGACUCACCCAUGACUAUUGGACGUCCAUUUGCUCACCGGCUUUGGAUCGUGGAGCCGGACAAUCAUAAUCGCCUGACGCCAGUCGGGUGUAUUGGUGAACUACUUGUCGAAGGCCAUGCAAUUGCCCGUGGCUAUAUCAACAACGAGGAGAAGACCAAGGCGUCCUUUGUCAACUCUCUGGAUUGGCUGCCUAAUGCAACAACGAGCGAUAGACCCAUAGCCUACAAGACUGGUGACCUAGCGAGAUUCAACCCCGACGGGACUGUUGAAUUCUUUGGGCGACAAGACACGCAAGUCAAGUUACGUGGUCAGCGACUGGAGCUCGGCGAGAUCGAAUACCACAUCAAAGCCAACCUUGCAGACGUACAGCAUGUUGUGGUGGACCUCAUUGAGCGUGAAGCAGGCAAGAUGAUAAUUGCCUUUGUCACAUUCCAUAGCUACUUGUGUGACAACGCAACAGCAGAUGCUGAGGAUCCUUACAGCAAUUUCAUUAGCAAUGAAGAAUACGUUUCUUCUUUCCAAGCUCUCCUCCAAGAGCUUCGGCGUGUUCUGCCAGGCUACAUGAUCCCCAGCAUCAUCUUCCCAAUGAGAGAUGUGCCUCAUACAUCGUCAAAUAAGAUCGACAGAAGAACGCUGCGUGAAGUUGCAACCAGCAUGCCUCGCGAAAGGUUCUCCGGCUUUUCCAUCGCACGUCAAGACAAAGUUCCACCCACGACGGAAAUGGAGCUGAAGGUCCAAAGCCUUUGGGCUCGAGUGCUCAAGAUCGAUACGGACGAUAUAUCGAAAUUCGACAGCUUCUUCGAGAUUGGCGGUGAUUCCAUUUCUGCAAUUUAUCUUUCGAACCUUGCCUCACGGGAGGGUAUGCUGCUUUCGAUUGCAAAUAUCUUCAAAGAUCCUCAGCUGGCUUCAAUGGCUGCCUCGAUGACGAUUGGGCAGUCCACGCAUGUUGACGUUCAACCGUUUAGCAUGGUCGAAGCAACCCAGUUGGAGUCUCUACAUGCGUCGAUUCGGCGGCAAUGUGGGCUUACGGACGAACAGGAUCUUGAAGAUAUAAUCCCUUGUACGCCGCUGCAAGAGGGCCUUAUGGCUUUGACCGCGACUCGGCCGGGCUCUUAUAUAGCCAGACGGGUUUAUAAGUUGGCGGACAGCAUUAAUCUGGACCGGUUCAAGGGCUCCUGGGAACGCACUGUCCAGGUCUGUAGUAGUCUGCGGACGAGGAUUGUUCAGAACGGAGAUGUGUCGCUACAGGCUGUCGUCUCGAAUGAUGAGCUUUGGGAGAAGACUGAUGGUCAGAGCCUCGAGUCCUACAUGAAGGAACUCAAGGACCUGGAAAUGGGCUACGGAUCACAGCUUUCACGGCAUGCAAUCUUGAGUUGCUCAAACGGAGCGACAUAUUUCAUCUGGGUUGCUCAUCAUGCUAUCUUUGAUGGCUGGACAGUGCAGAUCACUAUGGACGUCUUGCAACGGCUUUACGCACAGGAACCGAUUCCGAAUAUCCGACCAUUCGCCAAUUUUGUUCAGUAUAUCUCACAGCUUGAUCAGCAAGCGGCUAUGAACUACUGGAUUGCAGAGCUAGACGGCGCCCAGAGGGCUUCAUUCCCACCCUCGAAGCCCAUCACUGAUGCCAGGACAUCGACGGCUCAAAGGACUCAAAUCAUGAAGAGGAAGCUGGCAGUGCCAACCCAACCCAACUCCUCUGUCACAAAGGCCUCUUUGCUUCGAGGCGCUUGGGCACUCGUCCUCAGCCUUUACUGUGAGAGCGAAGAUAUAUGCUUCGGCGCAACUACUUCAGGGCGACAGGCGCCCGUUCAGGACCUCAUCAACAUCGCUGGCCCAACGAUUGCAACAGUCCCUGUGAGAAUUCGUCUAGACCGCUCACAGCUUGUAUCCGACUUUCUGCAGAGCGUGCAGACUCAGGCCUCUGAGAUGGUGACUCAUGAACAGUUUGGCCUUCAGAACAUAUCAAAGCUCAAUGCCAGUGCCAAAGACGCAACCGACUUCACAAGCUUGUUUGUUGUCCAGUCGAAUCAGCGACAACAAGAGACUGAAAAUGCCCAGGAAGGGCUCUUCGCCUGUGAUGCCAAUGAUGAAACGAACGUUGAGAAUUGGAUUGAGGGUUUCUUCAAUUACCCCUUGACCGUGGAGUGUGAUUUGAUGCAGAACCAGGCAAUCAUGACGCUCUACUACGAUGCUGAUGUACUUUCUGAUCACCAGCUUCAGGGUCUCUGCAACCAGUUCGAGCAUGUCGUGCAACAAUUGAACCUUCGGUAUAACGAGCCUCUCGAGAACUUGUCGAUGACUAGUCAAUGGGAUAUUGACUUCGCUCACGCCUCCAACCCCAGCAAGCCUCUCGUCGUUGAGUCAUGCAUCCACACGCUGAUUGAACAACGAACACAGCUGAACCCGAAGUCUCUUGCAGUGUCUUCUUGGGACGCUAGUUUCACUUAUUCUGAACUUGACGAGAAUGCCAACAGGCUGGCGACUUAUCUCUUAAGCACGCUGAAAGUGAAAGCUGGUGACCUAGUCGUGGUCUGCUUCGACAAAUCCGCCUGGUUUGUCGUGGCGAUCUUGGCUAUCAACAAGAUCGGUGCCGGUUGGGUGCCCCUCGAUCCAGCACAUCCGACGGAUCGUCGCCAGAACAUUGUUGGCCAGACCAAGGCAACUUUAGCUCUUUGCUCUCCUGCAAACGUGUUGAAGCUCACUGGCGUGGUUGCUAAUGUCCUUGGAGUAAACGCGGAAUUCAUGUCCGAGCUACGAGUCAACGAUGCGGUUAAGCCUGAUGUCAAGGUCAGCCCCGACGAUGUCGCAUACAUCAUCUUCACAUCUGGGUCAACAGGAGUCCCUAAAGGCGUUGUGAUCCAGCAUCGCGCUAUCUGCAGCAGCCAGGUUGCUUUGAGUCAGAGGCUCGAUAUGCACGAUGGUGUCAGGAUGCUUCAGUUCUCCUCUUUCGCGUUCGAUGCCUCCAUUUUCGAGAUUUACAGCCCGCUUAUUACCGGCGCCUGUGUUUGCAUCCCUUCAUGGGACACGCAAAUGAAUUCAUUGCCCGCUUUCAUUCGCGAAUCCAACAUUACGUGGGCAUUCCUGACUCCAUCGCUGGCUAGCAUUAUCAGACCGGAAGAUGUGCCUUGCUUAGAGCUUUUGACCAUUGGUGGUGAAGCUCCAAGCAAAGAAGUCUUCGACAGUUGGUUCGGUAAAGUGCGUCUUUUCAACGCCUGGGGCCCGACGGAAACAACGGUCAUCGCCGCGGUACAUGAAUUCACAUCUACUGAAGUCUCCCAUUUGACCAUUGGGCGCCCGAUAUGUGGCAACUGCUGGAUCGUCAAUCCCAGAGACCCUCAUAGGCUGGCUCCAGUAGGGACUGUUGGAGAAGUGGUGGUUCAAGGAGCCAACCUGCUCCUGGAAUAUUUGGCAGAUCCGGAGAAAACUGCUGCUGCCACUGUUACCUCGCUUCCUCCCUGGGCUCCCAAUCGCGAGGUGUUCUGUCGAUUCUACAAGUCUGGAGAUCUGGCCGCCUACAAUGCAGACGGCACCAUCAGAUACAACAGCCGCAAGGAUGGGCAAGUCAAGAUUCGCGGCCUUCGAGUCGAGUUGGGCGAAAUCGAACACCACAUUCGGAAGAACUUGGAGGGGCCAUGUCAAGUUGCCGUUGAAGCGCUCAAGAGUGAAAUCGGUACCCAUUUAGUUGCUUUCAUUUGCCAGAAUAACGAUACCAUUCCGGCCAGCAUGACUGGUAGUGUGGCAACCGAAGACAUCAUCCUGCCAUCGACGGAACCGUUGAGAAGCAGCCUGGGGGCGAUGCACAGUGCUCUGUCCUCUGCCCUUCCAAGCUACAUGGUGCCUACCUUCUUCCUUCCAUGCAAGCAGAUGCCACUCGUGUCAUCCUCCAAGCUGGACAGAAAACUCUUGCGUCGACUUGCUGCCGCAUUGGAUAGGCAUUCUUUUGAGCAAUACUCCCUAUUUGCGGUGACCGAGGCCAAAUCUAGUCCGGAGACCGAGAUGGAGCACAGCUUGCAGCAGCUUUGGGCCGAUGUUCUGAAAGUUCCUGCUGAGUCAAUCGGUAGACACGACAGUUUCUUGGCAGUUGGCGGCGAUUCGAUAGCCAUUAUUCGCCUUAUUGCUUUGGCUCGCGAUCGUGGUAUCGAGCUCCGAGCGAACGAUAUCUUCAGGGAUUCUCGACUUUCCGCUGUCGCUUUGAAUGCGGUUCCUAUCGAAAUUGCCUCGAACUCUGACAAUUCUGCCAAGCCCUUUGCAUUAUUAGAGCCGCACGUGCGAGAUGCCCUCUUGUCUGCCCGGAUGAAAAAGGAGCUGAAAUUGACCCGCUGGAUGAAGAUUGAAGAUGGCUAUCCUUGCACAAACCUGCAGGAAGGACUUAUGGUCUUAGCAAUGAAAGAACCUGGAUCAUACAUUACAAGCUUUCAGUACCGCCUAGCAGAGCACGUGGAUCCAUCUGUCUUCAAAGCAGCCUGGGACAAGACCGUACGGCUAUGCGGCAUUCUACGAACGAGAAUUGUCCACCUCAAGAACUCGUCGGUUCAGGUGGUCGUUAGUGACUACACAUGGGAUGACACGAAAGGUCUGACGUUGUCGUCUUAUCUCCAGUCGAUCGAGAACUUGGAAGUAGAGUAUGGAUCUCGCCUUUGCCGAUAUGCCUUGGUUCAGGAUGAGAGCAACCAGACGAACUUCAUCUGGACCAUGCAUCACGCCAUCUUUGAUGGCUGGUCUAUCCGAGUUGUUCUUGCCACACUGGAUAGCGUGUACAAGGGACUGAAGACCACACUUGUGACGCCGUAUUCUCGUUUCAUCGAAUACACUAUGGCCAUCAAUUCCCAGUCUGCUGCUGACUAUUGGGUGGAGCAGCUUUGUGAUGCCAGGAAGGCCUCGUUUCCUCCUCACGCGAGCGAAGAGCUCCAAGAAUGCUCAAAGGGCUACCGUACAAUGGUGACGAAUAUAAAUCUUCCCGACCUGAGCACGACUGGAAUCACAAGAGCUACAGUUUUCCGUGCGACGUGGGCUGUACUACUUACACGUUAUUGCGAGACUGACGAUGUCUGCUUUGGGACAACUAUAUCCGGCCGGCAAGCCCCGGUGCCCGGAAUUAUAGAUAUGCCAGGCCCAGCUCUUGCGACCGUUCCUUUGCGAAUUCGUGUGCCUCAACAGAAGUCAGUUGCCGCCUUUCUGCAGCAGGUUCAAGAACAAGCUCUUUCAAUGGUCGAAUUCGAACAAUUCGGUCUACAAAACAUCAGCAAACUGAAUGCUUGCGCUAAGGAGGCCUGCGACUUCUCUAGCUUAUUGGUUGUUCAGCCAAAGGAAGCUUUGAAUCCUGCUGGUGAUAGCGAUGCCAUCCUGAUUUCCGCUGAUGGAAAGGUUGAGACCGGCGAAUUUGCUCUUCAAAACUACUUCAGUUAUCCCCUCGUUGUUCAAGGGCAUCUCUAUGACGAAUCUACCGAACUUGUUCUCAUCUACAACUCCGGAAUCCUUCCCGAAGAACAAAUCGUUGCGUUAUCGCACCAAUUCCGCCACGUGGCGAGGGAACUUGUCCUUGGAAUGCAGUCAAACGUUGGCUCUGUCACAGUACCUUCUUCACCGGACCUUCAGCAGGCGAUGCAAUUUGAUUCUGACAUGCCAGAAGCCGUCGAAGCCUGUCAGACCCCCAAGGAACGACCAUCAACUGAGAAGGAAGCACGUCUUCAAUCUCUCUGGGCAGAAGUGCUAGGCAUUCCUGCCGAAUCUAUUGGUCGUGAUGAUAACUUUCUAGAGAUCGGGGGUGACUCGGUUGCUGCAGUCCACUUGGUUUCGAAGGCUCGAGAUAUUGGCUUCCUCAUCUCUGUCAAGGACAUUUUCGAGAAUCCAAGAUUACAUGCUGUUGCCUCCAGAGUGGACUUGAAUGCCCACCACGUCAUGGAAUCUGACAAAGUUCAGCCGUUCAGCUUGAUACCUCGGUCCCUACAUGAGGCAUUAGUACGUGGCCGUGCAGACGUGCAAUGCAAUCUGGCAAUGGGGCAGACGAUUGAAGACGCAUAUCCUUGUACCCCUCUCCAAGAAAGUCUUCUGAGUACGACUUUGAAGCAACCAGGCGCAGCUGUAGCCAAAUUCCACUUCCGCCUUCGAAAGGGUACUCAGAUCUCACGCUUCACUGCCGCGUGGAAUCGAACCGUCGAAGCUUGUGCAAACCUGCGAACUCGGAUUGUGACCGUUGACAAGAGCACCAUUCAAGUUGUCGUCAAGGACGGUUGCCGCUGGAAUGACGAGGUGCCAGUCGGAAGUCAGAAAGUUCUCGAUGUCGAUUAUGGUCUGCCGCUCUGCAGCUAUUCUUUGAUCGAUCAUGAUGGCGUCAAAUACUUCUGUCUUCAGCUACACCAUUCAAUCUUUGAUGCCUGGUCACUCUCGCUGAUGCUGAACACUCUGCAGAGCUACUAUGCCGCAACGGCUGUCUCGCCGCUUUAUCCAUACCCUCGCUUCGUCAACUAUGUCUUGAAUAUUGAUCCUGCUGCCUCGGCCAAAUUCUGGACCUCUCAGCUGGAGGGUGUUAAGCCUACAAACUUUCCAGCGGGUAGUGAGGGCGGCAAAACGGGGUCGAAGCAGAUGAGACUUCAGUCAAUAUCAGUCGCAAUUCGACAGUCAGGCAACAACUCCAUCACAAAGGCCGCUAUCAUACGAGCCGCAUGGGCCCUUGUGUUGGCCAGAUACAGCGGCGUCGAUGAUAUCUGCUUCGGUUCAAGUGUUUCUGGCCGUCAAGCUGCAGUCUCUGGCCUAGCGUCCAUACCUGGCCUCGUCGACGCUACUGUGCCAGUUCGUGUCCGGAUAGACGAUCAGCAACCUGUUUCAACAUUCUUGAAUAGUAUCCAGGGCCAAGCCUUCGACAUGGUUCCGCACGAGCAAUUCGGGCUGAAUAAUAUCUCGAAUCUGAGCGAUGAAGCCAGGGUUGCAUGUGGCUUCAAGGCCUUGCUCGUUGUUCAGCCGGCGCAGCAACUGACUCACGAGAGCAACCUGCUCACUUUUGCGACAGAAUUUGAGGGAAGCAGCAAAAUUGAGAUGAUUCAGAACUAUUCGGACUAUCCUCUGGUUGCUCGGUGCGUGCUGGCCGGCGAUAACGUUGAUGUUGAUCUGCAUUAUGAUUCAUCCGUCGUGCCUGAACACCAAGUGAAAGGCCUCUCCCACGCAUUCAAGCAUGUGAUUGAACAGCUCCCUGUUGCAGCUGAUCAACCACUGUCGCAGAUUUUGACUGGCGUGGUGCCUUGGGAAGUUGACUUUGGUGUCGCAGCCAACGGAAUCCCACCUACGACUAUCGAGCGAUGCGUUCACAGUCUUAUUGAGGACGAGACGCUCAAGCAUCCGACUGCACUUGCUAUCCAGGCUUCGGACGCUAGUCUCACGUACCAACAGUUGAAUAUCUGUGCGAACAGGCUGUCGCAUCAUCUUAUCAACAACUUCAAUGUCAAGAAUGGCGACGUUGUACACGUCUGUUUUGACAAAUCAGCUUGGUAUAUUGUAUCCCUCCUCGCGAUCAACAAAGCUGGCGCAACCUGGUCACCACUUGAUCCUACUCACCCUGUCCAGAGAUACCAGCAGAUUAUCUCGCAGACUGGCUCGGCGUUGAUCUUGGCUUCUCCUACAAACACUUCAAGAUGCACAGGCUUGACGCGUUCCGUUAUAGAGGUAUCAUCUGAGUUGGACAAAUAUUUGUCUUCAAAGGGCGUACCCGAGACCCGAGCUGGUAUUGAUGUCUCGCCAUCAGAUGCUGCCUACAUCAUCUUCACCUCAGGUACGACCGGCAUGCCCAAGGGCGUGGUCAUCGAACAUGGGUCGUUGUGUACAUCACAGAUUGCUCUGGCUCUCAACAUUGGCUUCACAAAUAAUACCAGAAUGCUCCAAUUUGCAUCUUUCGUCUUCGAUGCAUCCAUCUUCGAGAUCUUCGCAACGUUGCUUACAGGUGGCUGCGUAUGUAUGCCAUCCUGGGACGAGCAGAUGAACGACCUGACAGGCUACAUGGUCAAAGCCUCUGUGAAUGCGGCAUUUGCUACCCCAACUGUUGCGCGCAGCUUGAAGCCAGAAGAGAUACCUGAUCUUCAGCUCCUUGUUGUGGGAGGUGAGGCUGCCGCCUCAGAUAUCAUUCAAACGUGGGUUGGAAAGCUACGAGUGUUCAAUGCCUGGGGCCCGACAGAGGUAUGCGUUACCGGUUCCCUUCACCCAUGGACCAAUUUGAACGAAUCUCCAAGAAACCUUGGACGACCCAUCGUGGGUAACUGGUGGAUCGUUGAUCCCGACGAUCCCAGACGACUUGUCCCCACGGGAUGUGUUGGCGAGAUUGUCUACCAAGGACCGACUCUUUUCAGAGAGUACCUGGCCAAUCCAUCCAAGACUGGCGAAGCCAUUGUGUCUUCGCUCCCUCACUGGGUACCAAGUCGUGAUUCGAAAGGCUGGGAUCGCUUUUAUAGAACCGGCGAUUUGGGACACUACAAUCCAGAUGGCACAAUAGAAUAUGUCGGCCGCAAAGACACCCAGGUUAAGAUCCGUGGACUUCGUGUGGAGUUGCAUGAAAUUGAGCAACAAAUCAUGGCACACUUUUCUGGUGUUCGACAGGUUGCAGUUGACGUUAUGAAGAGGGACGAAGCAUCUCAACUGGUGGCUUUUUACAGCUUCAGCAACGAUAGUAUCCCUUCGCAUCUCUCAGCUGGACCUGAAGGGAGGGAAAUUUUUGCACCCUUGGUGGAUGAUAGUCUGCCACUGAUUCAUGAGUUGAUUGCUCAUCUCAAGGACGUUCUUCCUCCUUAUAUGGUUCCCACGACAUUCAUCCCUUGUCAACAUAUGCCAGUUGGAUCAUCGGCCAAAUUAGACCGGAAACUCCUUGUGAAUAUGGCUACAUUGCUAUCUAGGGAGCUGCUUGAACAGUAUUCCCUUGUUGAAAGUAGCAAACGCGCGAUCGAAACGACUAUGGAAGCAAAGCUACAGCAGGUCUGGGCCGACAUUUUGCAUAUCCCAGCUGAUUCAAUAGGAAGAGAUGACAACUUCCUCCAAAUCGGAGGUGAUUCUAUGUCUGUCAUCCUGCUGGUCUCUGCAGCUCGAGAGAGCGGGAUCAGUAUCAGUGCCAAGGACGUUUUCCAAGACGCUCGCCUUUCCAGUGUGGCUGCGAAAGCUGAAGUCAUAGUCGACGACGAUGAUGAUUUCAGCGAUGUGGAACCCUUUGACAUGCUGAACGAAACUCAGUUGGAUUUCCUUCUUGCGGAUGAGGCCAAAUCUUCGCUGGGCUUGAACGACGAUAUCAGCAUCGAAGACGCGUUUCCUUGCUCAAAGCUUCAAGAAGGUUUGAUGGCUUUGGCUGUGCAAAAGCCAGGUUCGUACAUUGGCACAUUCCACUAUCGCAUUUCAAAAUCUGCGGAUCUAGACAAGUUCAAGGAUGCGUGGGAAAGAACGGUUGAGAUGUGUUCUAAUCUGCGAACACGAAUCCUACAUGUCGAUGGAUCCUCCAUCCAGGUUGUGCUGAAGGACGAUUUCGAGUGGGAUUCCACUCAUCAGGGCUCUGUCGAUGGCUACCUCGAGGCCUCGCGCGAGAUCAGGAUGGAGUAUGGCUCUCGGCUCUGUCGUUAUGCUCUGAUUACCCAGGAUGAUGGCGCUCAUUUCAUCUUGACUAUGCACCACGCCGUCUUUGACGGAUGGACAAUGCGCCUAGUUCUCGAAACUUUGGAGAGCGCCUAUCAAGACACUGAUGUUGCUGAACUCAGCCCCUAUUCUCGAUUCAUCCAGUAUACGCUUGAUAUCGACCAAGAAUCGGCAAGCGAGUAUUGGCUUGGCCAGCUUCGGAACGCGAAGAAAGCAAGCUAUCCAAACAGACUGCCCCCGGGCGAGCAAUUAGUCAAUGCGCACAGCACGGGAUACCUCGAGUCGGAGAUGCAAAUUCCCAAAAUCUCCGCUGGUACCACAAAGGCAACCAUUUUGCGCGCGGCCUGGGCGAUUGUAUUAGCUCGCUACUGUGAUGCCAGUGAUGUUUGUUUUGGUACGACGGUGUCAGGCCGUCAAGCGCCGGUUCCUGGAUUGGCCGAGAUGCCUGGUCCAGUUAUUGCGACUAUUCCUGUUCGAAUCCACCUCGAGGACGAGGGCAAAGCGAUAUCCGCCUUCCUGGAAGACAUCCAGUCGCAGGCGACGGAAAUGGUUGCAUAUGAACAGUUCGGUCUGCACAAUAUCGCCAAGUUAAGCGAUGAUGCGAAAGAUGCCUGUGACUUUUCAAGCUUGCUUGUGAUUCAACCAAGACAGAUCCUGUCGCACAUCAGCGGAGCGGAAGAUGCUCUUCUUGUUGCGCGGUCCGACGAGUCGGCUGACGAAGCACUCGAGAGCUAUUUCACUUACCCUCUCGUCAUCCAAGCUCACCUUCAUGACGAUGGGGAUAAACUUGUCUUUAUCUACAACAAGUUUGCUCUCUCUGAGCAGCAGCUUGUUACGCUUUCGAAUCAGUUCAAGCAUGUGGUUUCUCAGCUGGUCUCACAUCCCGAUUUAUCACUAGGAGACCUCUCCAUCACGUCUGAGUGGGAUAUCAAGCAGUCUGUCGCAUUCAAUCCUGAAGUGCCAGAGAUCAUCGAGUCUUGCGUCCAUACUCUUAUUGAAGCCCAGGCCCUCAAGGCGCCCAACGCGUUGGCAGUGUCUGCUUGGGACGGCAACCUAACCUAUAGCCAACUCAACAAAUCUGCCAAUCGUCUCGCACGUCGUCUUGUCAAGAACUAUGACGUUAAGCCUGAUGACCUUGUUCAUGUGUGCUUUGAAAAGUCAAUUUGGCACUUCGUUGCAAUUGUUGCUAUCAAUAAGGCGGGUGCGGCGUGGGUUCCAUUGGAUCCCUCUUAUCCAGAACAGAGGCUGCGACAAGUGGUAAAUCAGACGCGGUCUACUCUGAUUUUAACCUCGGCCCGCAAUGAGAAGCUGUGUUCAACCCUCGUUGAGAACGUGCUUCGACUCGAUGGCAAACUCGACAAGAGAUUGACUCUUAUGGAAAACGGCGACAAAGGUCCAGCUGUUGCCGUUACGCCACGUCACGCGGCAUACGUGCUCUUCACGUCCGGAAGCACGGGCAAACCGAAGGGACUAGUUAUGGAACAUGGUGCCGUGUGUACGAGCCAGACGGCCAUAGCCAAAAGGCUCAAGCUGACAUCUGAAGUACGGAUGUUACAAUUUGCGGCCUUUGUAUUCGAUCUUUCCAUCGGUGAAAUUAUCGGGCCUCUGAUUUCCGGUGCCUGCAUUUGCGUUCCAUCGGAGGAGACAAGAAUGAACGGACUGAAGGAGUUCGUCAACGACACGAAGGUUAGCUGGGCAUAUCUAACGCCAGCCUUCGUGAGAACUCUCGUCCCGGAGGAUAUGCCCGCUCUGGAGCUUUUGCUCCUAGCCGGUGAAGCAGUCCCUCGAGACGUGCUGACGACUUGGUUCGGCAAAGUCCGUCUAGUCAAUGGUUGGGGACCUGCUGAAACCUGUUGUUUCAGCACCCUCCAUGAAUGGUCUUCCACGGAUGAAUCACCGCUUGUCGUUGGCCGACCUGUUGGAGGGUUCUGCUGGAUCGUGAACCCGGAAAAUCCCCAGCGUCUCACGCCAGUUGGGACAUUGGGCGAGAUCGUCAUACAGGGUCCUACGAUCCUACGUGAGUAUCUUGCCGAUGUUGAACGCACACGAGACUCGACUGUAUACUCCCUGCCAACGUGGGCACCUCGGCCGGAUCCGAAGAACUGGAAUAGGUUCUAUAAGUCUGGUGAUCUUGGGUACUAUAAUCCCGACGGUACGAUCGUUUUCAGCAGCCGCAAGGACACGCAGAUCAAGAUCCGUGGACUAAGGGUCGAACUCGGCGAAGUAGAGCACUACAUCUACGAGAUACUGCAGGGCGUACGACAAGUCGUUGUUGAUGUCUAUCAAAAGGAUGGUCGGGCUCAUCUCGUCGCAUACAUCUGCUUCACUGAUGAGAUGAAGAAUCCAUCUGCUGAUGAGCAUUUGACUGCUGAUGACUUAUUUGGAUCCAUCACGGACGAGCUUCGUAACAGAAUCGCCGUCGCGCUUGGUGAGCUUCGGAUCGCGUUACCUUCUUACAUGAUCCCUUCUCUUUUCAUACCUUGCCGAUUCAUGCCUUCCAUUACGUCCACCAAGCUAGACAGGAAGACUCUGCGCCACUUGAUGACCUUCUUGAAUGAUGAACAGCGGAAUUCUUACGCUCUACUCAGCACCCAGAAACGCGAGCCCGAAACGGAGAUGGAAAUCCAACUUCAAAAGCUUUGGGCAGACGUUUUGAGCAUCCCCGUUGCUUCUAUUGGGCGAGACGAUAGUUUCUUGCAGGUUGGCGGAGACUCCAUCUUGGCUAUUCAGUUGGCUUCCCGCGCCCGAGAGAUGGGAAUUUCUUUCCAGGUUAAGGAUGUCUUUGACGACCCCAGACUGGUGGCACUGGCUUUGAAAGCUACGAAGACGACUCACCAGGUCGAAAAGCAAGUCGUACCACUGAGCAUGCUAUCUGACGGUCUUAGAGAGGCAGUCUUUAGUGAUGAUAUUCGCAGGCAAUGUUGCCUAUCAGAGGAGCAGGCGAUCGAGGACUGCUACCCCUGUACCUCACUGCAGGAGGGUCUUAUGGCUCUCACUGCUAAACAGCCCGGAUCUUAUGUCGCAAACUAUGUUUUCCGGCUACCUAAGCAUGUCGAUGUUUCCCGAUUCGUUGCCGCCUGGGACCAGACGGCCGACAUAUGCUCCAACCUUCGCACUCGCAUCAUUCACUUGAACGGAGAAUCGGUCCAGAUUGUGGUUCGAGGUGGAAGUCAGUGGCGAUCUACAGACAACCAGACUUUGUCAUCAGUCCUUGCUUCAUCCGCGAAUCUGAAGAUGACAUACGGAACGCCUCUCUCUUCGUGUGCUAUCGUUCACGACCAUGACAGUGAUUUUUUCGUCUGGUCAGCCCAUCACUCUAUCUAUGAUGGCUGGACGAUGCGAAUCAUCUUCUCCACCCUGCACUCUGCCUACCACAGGCUUGCCCUGUCUCCUGUUCAACCAUAUUCUUCUUUCAUCAAUUACUACAGGAAUAUGGACACCGGAAAGGCUGCGGAGUAUUGGAUCGAGGAGCUAGCUGGAUCAAAGCGGGCAGACUUUCCGACCAGCCAACGCUCCAUUUCCACGGCCAGGACAGAAGUGUAUCACUCCACUAUUGUGCUGCCGGAGACGUUGAAUAUUCAUGUUACAAAGGCUACAGUCGUACGAGCAGCUUGGGCUAUUGUCCUUGCCCGGUAUUGCGAUACCAAUGAUGUGACUUUUGGCACAACAGUCUCCGGCAGACAAGCCCCUGUCCCAGGUGUUGAAUCCAUCGCAGGGCCCAUGAUUGCAACUGUUCCAAUUCGCGUUCGACUGGAUAAGGAUGGCUCUGUAUCUCAGUAUUUGAGCGAUGUUCAAUCUCAAGCAUCCUCGAUGAUUCCCUACGAGCAGCUCGGCUUACAGAAUAUCGCCAAGCUGAGUUCUGAUGCCAAGGAAGCUUGUGACUUUUCAAGCCUUCUUGUCAUUCAACCACCAGCCCAAGAUCCUGCUGGCGGAGAUGACUCAAAGGCUCUUCUUUCACACAGCGAGACUGAGCAGGAUGAGACGGAGAAGGCUAUGCAAGGCUAUUUCAACUACCCUCUCGUCAUUAUCAGUGGCAUCGGAGACAAGUCCAUUGAGCAGCGGCUCUUUUACAACUCGGAGCUUCUUGAUAAGAAGCAGAUAGAAGCGUUGUCUCAUCAUAUAGAGCAUGUCACACAUAAGCUUCUACGCAACAGCGGCAUGCAAAGGGACAUCUCCUUGAUCAGUUUGUGGGAUCUCCAACAAGCCAUCGACGCAUCUCGUCUUCGUCCUGCAACGGAAUCAUGCACACACUGGCUGAUCCAGAACCAGGUCAGAUUACAGCCUGACCAAAUCGCUGUCUCUUCCUGGGAUGGAGAUUUGACGUAUGCUCAACUUGGACGCCAUGCCAUGCGCUUGGCAUUAAGACUACAAGAGCUUGGCAUUGGGCCUGAGUCACUGGUUCCUCUCUGCUUCCACAAAUCCAAGUGGGCGGUAGUCGCUAUGGUGGCUGCUCAAAUGGCCGGAGGUGCCUUCAUUCCCCUGGAUCCUGGUGCCUCUCCGGCAAGGUUACAAGGCAUUCUCCAGGAUACUGGAGCUACUCUGGCUAUAAGCAGCCCUGAGUGUCAAGGAAAACUUCAGUCAUUUGGCAUGAAAGUCGUUACAGUGGACGAGAAAAGCAUCUCCGAGCUACCAGCCGAGUUCAACCUGCUGUCAGAGGCAAAGCCUACCAACGCCAGCGUUAUCCUCUUCACGUCUGGUAGCACUGGAAAACCUAAAGGCAUGAUCAUUGAGCAUAGGAGCAUCUGUUCCUCGAGUGAUGCCUACGGCGCCGACUUAAAGAUUGAUGUCGGUACGAGGGUGUUCCAAUUCUCGGCCUACACAUUUGACGUUGGCGUUUUGGAUUGUCUCGUGUCACUGAUGAGAGGUGCCUGUAUCUGCAUUCCGUCCGAUCAUGAUCGUCUCAAUAACCUUGCAGCCGCUAUUACUGCAUCUAAAGCUGACUGGGUCUUCCUCACGCCAACUGUCGCAGACCUGCUUAACCCGAUUGAAGUUCCUACCUUAAAGACUGUCUGUCUUGGUGGCGAAGCCAUUACCAAGAAGUGUGCUGAUAGGUGGGUUGGCCAUGUGAGUCUGCAUGGUCUUUAUGGCCCAGCCGAAGCGUCCAUUUGUGCUUGGAAUCCGGUGGUAGGAAGAUCAGGGCGCUCCACAAAUCUCGGACAUCCCAUUUCCAGUGCGUUCUGGGUUGUUGACGUUAACGACCUGAACUCUCUGGUUCCUAUCGGUUGUAUUGGUGAACUGCUCAUCGAGGGCCCAAUGCUGGCCCGGGGUUAUCUGAAUGUGACAGCCGAGGUUGCCGCCAACUGGCUCGAAGGGGUUGAUUGGCUUCCUGGUGAUAACCGACUAAGGAGGGCUUAUCGAACCGGUGAUCUCGUCAGGCGGAAUGCUGAUGGUACCUUUGAUUAUAUCGGCCGCAAAGACACCCAAGUCAAGCUCCACGGUCAGCGUGUUGAGCUGGGCGAAAUUGAGGCCCGGAUUCACGAGUUCCUACCGCAAAACAUGGCUGCGAUUGUGGACGUUGUUAAAGAUAACGACGGCCCUGCUACCUUGUUAGCUUUCAUAUGGGACUCUGAUGGAAGCUCUAGUUCACCGGCCCGUCUCGUGGACACCAUAUCCGAUGAAGCGCGAGCCAUCAUCUUGCACUUGGAUUCGUCCUUGAACACGAUUCUACCCUCGUACAUGAUUCCGUCGUCUUACCUCCUCUUCAGUGGCAAGCCGGAGCAAACCACAACGGGCAAGAUUAAUCGCCGGUCUCUGACUAGCCAAGCUCAGCAUAUCACUGCUCAAGAGCGUCUGCGCUUUGCCCCUGACAACAGCUUCCGCGUACUUCCAACUACACCCAUGGAGUUCAAGUUGCGAGAGCUAUGGGCACAAGUUCUCCGCAUCGAACUCGAGGAUAUCUGCAAAAACGACAGCUUUUUACGCCUUGGAGGUGACUCGAUAUCUGCCAUUCAGUUGGUAUCGAAAGCCCAACAGCAAGGCCUCAAUCUUACAGUCGCUACGAUUUUCCAAGCGCCUCGGCUUGAGCAAAUGGCCAGCGCCAUUGCUGAGGAUGGGUCGACUGUAUACAGCGAGCUCCGGCCAUUUGAAAUGCUCCCGACAGGAGAAACCAGUAUCAUCCUGGCCGAAGCUCGAGAUCAAUGCUCAUUGCUGGAUAAUGCUAUCAUUGAAGACUCUUACCCUUGUACCAAGCUUCAGGAGGGCUUGAUGGCAUUAUCCGUCAAACAGCCGGGUAGCUACGUCGCCAAAUAUCUCUAUCGUCUUCCCGACCAUGUUGAUGUGGCUCGAUUCAAGUCAGCUUGGAAACAAACCGUGGGCAUUUGCGCCAGUUUGCGCAGCAGAAUCAUCGGCACAUCGACCAAGGCGACUUUCCAAAUCGUUCUGGAGCACGAGUCGAGUUGGGAGCCACUACCGUAUCAUGAUCUACAAGCUGUCCUACAAUACGCUCAGACCAUCAACAUGACCUACGGUUCAGCAUUGUGCCAGUUUGCGUUUGUUGAAGACGAACAGCGAAAUGUGUUCUUUUUCUGGGCAAUGCAUCAUACAGUUUUUGAUGGCCUGGCCACCCAAGUUAUCCUCGGCAUCUUGCACAAAGCGUACUUCGGCCACGAGACUCCGGUCUUGACUCCUUACUCGCGAUUCAUCCAAUAUCUUCUGCAGAUGGACGACGAGGAUGCUUCUGCCUAUUGGAAAGAUAGUCUGCAUGAUGCGAAACCUGCGUCAUUCCCUUCGUCGCAUAGCACGCGCGAUAAACCAGCUGCCACACGCGUUUUGGAGACGUCGAUUGGCUUCGUGGACGCCAGUAAACUCAAUGUCACGCUGGCAACCGUCAUUCGAUCCGCCUGGGCCAUUGUCCUCGCGAGAUACUGUGACACUGAAGACAUAUGCUUCGGUGUCGCCACUUCAGGCCGCCAGGCACCUGUUCCUGGAAUUGUCGACAUGGUAGGACCAGCAAUUGCGACUAUCCCGGUACGAGUCAGACUGAAUCGUCAACAACCCGUUUCGGAUUUUCUACAGAGCGUCCAAGAGGGUGCAAUCGAGAUGAUUCCGUACGAGCAAUUCGGUCUACAGAACAUCGCGAAGGUCAGCGGAGACGCCUAUGAAGCGUGCCAGUUCUCGAGUUUGCUAGUUGUUCAACCCGUACGCCAUAUCGCGAACAGCGAAGAGAGCAAGGAGCUGCUUGUUGCUGUCGAGGCAGGUGAAGGUCUCUCUGACACAUUGGACAACUUUUUCAGUUAUCCCCUGAUUGUGCAGGGUCACCUAUACGAUGAUGAGGUCAAAAUUGCCGUUGCCUAUGAUCAAAACAUCUUGACGGAGCGUCAAGUUCAGGCCUUGUCUAAGCAGCUUGGUCAUGUCAUUCAUCAGCUCGCAUCUGGCGAUGCCAGUCUUCUCCAGUCUAUCUCAAUUGCAUCAUCCUACGACCUUGAAUUAGCUAUGGCUUCAAAUAGCGAGGUACCUGAGAUCAUCGGCUCAUGUGUGCAUGAGUUGAUUGACAAGCAAGCUCGAAUCUCCCCACAGGCACCAGCAAUUCUGGCACACGAUGCGGAAUUCACGUACAGCGAUUUGGCUGCAGCUUCGGACAGACUGGCGUACCAUCUGAUCCACGUUCAUGGAGUCAAGCCCAAUGACUUUGUCACUGUCUGCUUUGGUAAAUCUAUAUGGCAUUUCGUGUCGAUCCUUGCGAUCAAUAAGGCUGGAGCUGCUUGGGUGCCUUUGGAGCCAUCUCAGCCCGAGGAACGUUUGCUCCAAAUUGUUCGCCAGACACAGGCUCAACUGGCAUUGGUCUCACCAAACAAUGCCGCGCUCUGUGCUCAACUUGUUAAAAACGUGGUUGAGGUGACGGUUGAGCUUGAUCAACAACUGCGCUAUUCUGUGCCAGAAUCAUACGAGCCGCUGGCAAUAUCGCCUCGCAGUGCUGCCUAUGUUCUUUUCACUUCGGGAAGUACUGGAACGCCAAAGGGUUUCGUUAUAGAGCACCAAUCUUUGUGCACCAGCCAGACGGAUCUUGCUGCCAAAAUGCGCAUAACUUCGAACACGCGGAUACUUCAAUUUGCUUCCUACGUCUUUGAUAUGUCUAUUGGCGAGACCUUUGCUCCAUUACUUUCUGGCGCUUGUGUCUGUGUUCCUUCAGAGCAUGAACGUCUGGAGAACAUCGCGGCUUUCAUUAGAAAGCGACAAAUCAACUGGGCUUUCCUCACCCCCGUAUUCGCCCGCACAAUCCAGCCUGCAGACGUACCCAGCCUAGAACUCCUUCUACUAGGCGGAGAAGCUGUUCCCCAGGACUUGUGCCUCACAUGGUUCGGGAAAGUCCGACUAAUCAACGCCUGGGGUCCUGCAGAGACUUGUGUCAUAGGUGCCCUGCACGAAUGGACGUCUGCUGAGGAUUCAUCGCUUGUUCUCGGUCGUCCGGUGGGUGGCUUCUGCUGGAUUGUCGAGCCGGAGACGCCACUGUCUCUUGCACCAUAUGGCACCAUGGGAGAGGUCGUUAUCCAGGGCCCAACGCUACUGCGUGAAUAUUUAGGUAAUCCCGAACGAACAAAGGCCGCCUUGGUUUCCGCGCCUAGCUGGGCCCCUAAACCCGAUGCUCAACACUGGAACCGAUUCUACCGAACUGGCGAUCUCUGCUUCUACGACUCUGAUGGUAACCUUGUCUUCGGCGGCCGCAGGGAUACGCAGGUCAAGAUACGCGGCUUUCGGGUCGAGAUUGGGGAGAUAGAGCAUCAUAUUCGCGACAAGCUUGAUGAUGCUUGCGAGGCUGCUGUUGAAGUCCUGAACAAUACUGCUGGAACAAGUCUGAUAGCUUUUGUCACUUUUAAUGCUGAAUCUCAGCAACCAGACAUGGACAAUGGGGUCUCUAGCGAUGUCAUAUUCCUCCAGCCGAACUCUCACAUGCAGCAGAGGUUCAGAGCCUUGGAAGGGCAGCUGAAGACUACGCUACCACCAUAUAUGGUCCCGUCAAUUUUCGUUCCCUGCAAGUAUCUUCCGUCCACGACCUCUGGCAAGCUGGACCGAAAGAAGCUGAAGGCCAUGGCGUCCAGUCUUAGCCUCGGAGACCUCUUCAAGUAUUCGCUCUCCCAGUCAGAGAAGAAUGGUCCGGAGACAGAGAUGGAGAGACGGAUACAGGUCAUCUGGGCCGAGCUACUAAACAUCCCUGUUACAUCCAUCGGUCGGGAUGACAGCUUCCUACAGAUUGGUGGUGAUUCGAUUAUAGCCAUUCACUUCGUCACCGCCGCUCGGAACUCCAAUAUCGGGCUUUCGGUGGCGGACAUCUUUGACGAUCCUAGGCUCCUCGCCGUUGCUGCCAAGGCGACAAGCCUCACAGAGAGCGGCCCAGCUGAAGAAAUUCCACAAUUCGGCCUCAUCGAUGGGCAAACGCGAAAGUCACUUUCCAGCCAAGAAUUGCGACAAAGUUACCACCUUGCUGAUGAUGCUGUCCUUCAAGAUGCUUACCCUGCGACGAAGAUGCAAGAAGGCCUUCUGGCCCUUGCAGAGAAACAGCCUGGAAGUUAUAUUGCGAAGUUUGUCUACCGCCUUGGUCGUACUAUCGACGUUGCGAAGUUCCGAGCUGCGUUCGAAGAGACAGUAAAGCUCUGCGACAACUUGCGCACAAGAGUUGUUAUUGUCGGGAACACAACGAUCCAAGUCGUCCUUGAGGAUGAUUUUGCCUGGGAUGACUUACAAGGACAGGGGCUGCAGUCUUAUAUGCAAGCUCUCAAUUCGUCGAACAUCGCUUAUGGCUUGCGACUGAACCGCGCUGCAAUUGUCGAAGAUGGUGGCGAGGUCUACUUUGUGUGGGCUUUGCACCAUUCUAUCUUUGACGGUUGGACGAUGCGUCUCAUGAUGGAUGUGCUUCAUUCGGUGUAUGAUGGCCGGUCUCCUGCGUGUCUGCAACCGUAUAAUAAGUUCGUUGCAUACAUCACCAACCUUGACCACAAGGAGACAAGCGACUUUUGGAGGACGCAGCUUGACGGCGCAAGCCGGGCAGUGUACCCCCCGCUCUCAAAGGCCAGCUCAAACUCGAGCAAAAGCCUAGAGCGAGCUAUGAAUCUGCCAAAGAUGGCCGACUUGUCAGCUACCAAAGCGACGGUAAUUAGGGCUGCAUGGGCAAUGCUCCUCGCAAGAUACUGUGAAACUGACGACGUCUGCUUUGGUGCUACUGUCUCUGGUCGUCAAGCCCCUAUUCGAGGAUUAACUGAGAUGCCUGGACCCGCGGUUGCCACUGUGCCUAUUCGUGUUCAAUUGGACAAGCACCAGAGCGUAUCGGACUACCUCGACAGCAUACAAAGCCAGGCCCUGAAGAUGAUUCCUUACGAGCAGUUCGGCCUCCAGGAGAUACAGAAAGUCAGCCCUGGGGCUCAAGAAGUGUGCAAUUUCUCGAGCUUAUUGGUCGUGCAACCAAUGCAGCACUUGAUCAAUGACGAAAAUGCACUGCUUCUGCCAGUACAGGUUGAGUCAGAAGAGGAGGGUUCGAUGCAGAACUAUUUCACAUACCCCCUCGUCAUCCAGGGGCACGUCAUGGGCGAAGACAUCAACCUGAUGUUCAUCUAUGACUCAGACGUUCUACCAGAGUCGCAGGUACUGGCGAUAUCUCACCAAAUGGAACAUAUCAUGAGACAGCUCGUUGCUAAGCCGCAGUCACUGCUUGGUGACCUGUCUCUAUCUUGCGACUGGGAUGUCGAGUUCGCCAGGGAAGCCAACAAGGAAGAUCCACCAGAAAUCAUCGACUCUUGCUUGCACGAGCUCAUUGAGCGCCAGGCAGAAAUAAGCCCGGAUGCUGUUGCUGUACUGGGCUGGGAUAAGGAAUUUACCUAUGCCGAGUUGAUCGGGGCAGCCAACCGGCUGGCUCAGUACCUAGUGACAGAUAUAGGUGUCAAGCCUCAUGACCUCGUUCAGGUCUGCUUUACCAAGUCGGCUUGGCAUGCUGUAGCCAUUUUGGCAAUCAACAAAGCCGGUGCGGCUUGGGUCCCCAUCGAUCCCUCGCAUCCUCUGCAACGCCAUCAACAGGUUACAGCCCAGACCAAGGCGCGAGUUGCGCUGGCGUCUCCAGACAAUGUUAAGAGAUGCUCUGAAUUAGUCUCAACUGUUGUUGCAGUCUCUUCUUCCCUGGAUUCUGAUCUCUGCAAGAAAAACUUCAGCAGCUCUCGUGGCCCUGACGUUCCAGUUACUCCGGACCACGCCGCCUAUGUCUUGUUCACUUCUGGCAGCACAGGUGUGCCCAAGGGCCUGAUCAUGGAACACCGUGCUCUCUGCACCAGUCAACUAGCUGUUGGUAAACGCUUCGGGUUCACUCCAAAAGUCAGGAUUCUGCAAUUUGCUGCCUAUGUGUUUGACUAUUCCAUCUCCGAGAUGCUAGCGGCAAUGAUGUACGGUGCCUGUGUGUGCAUUCCAUCUGAAGAGGAUCGCAUGAACAGACUGAAGGAGUACAUCAACGAGACUGCCAUUAAUUGGUUGUUCCUUACUCCAUCUGUCUUACAGACUUUGAAGCCUGAGGACGUGCCAGGUGUUGAAUUGGUAUCCCUUGGUGGUGAGGCUGUUCCACGCGCCCUAUUUGAAGAAUGGUAUGGCAAAGUAAGAUUCUUCAACCCCUGGGGGCCGUCAGAGACCUGCGUCAUGAGCGCAAUGCACGAAUGGAAAUCCCCAGCCGAGUCGGCUGCCACUAUUGGAAAGCCAGUAGGUGGAUUCUGUUGGAUUGUCGAUCCAGAAGAUCCUUGGAAACUCGCACCGACAGGAACUGUUGGUGAGCUUAUUGUGCAGGGUCCCACGUUGAUGCGCGAGUAUCUGGGCGACGCCGAGAAGACCAAGGCUGCCGUCUUGGAAGGUCGACCUGACUGGGCCGUGUAUCCAGAUACGCAGCACUGGACUCGAUUUUAUAAGUCUGGAGACCUUUGUUCUUACAACCCUGAUGGCACCAUCAGGUUCUACUCGCGUAAGGAUACGCAGGUCAAAAUUCGCGGACUUCGUGUGGAGCUGGGUGAAGUUGAAUAUCGCAUCAAAGAAACCUUCCCCAGCGCCCAUCAGGUGGUUGUUGAUGUCUUCAAGUCUGAGUCGGCCUCAACACUGGUUGCCUACUUCUGCUUCAGCGAUGCCACUGUCGACGCCUCAAGCAAUGCUCUCGACGAUGUUUUCGUGCCGUUGGGAGAGGGUACGCAACAGUGCCUCGCAACAAUGGUUGGCGCGCUCAAGGUUGUGCUUCCAGAAUACAUGGUUCCUGCUCUAUUCAUCCAAUGCCGGCAUAUGCCAACUGCCACCUCUGGCAAGUUGGAUCGAAAGGCGCUGCGAGGCCUUACCUCGACCCUUACGAAAGACCAGUUGGCCGCCUAUUCACUCGUGAAUGACAAGAAGACCAUGCCGCAAACCCCCAUGGAGUGCAGGCUACAGGCCCUCUGGGCCGACGUCUUGGGUAUUCCCUUGGAGAUGAUCGGUCGUGACGACAGCUUCCUCAGUAUUGGCGGCGAUUCUAUUGCUGCUAUCAGGCUUGUUGCUGCAGCUCGCGACCAAGGAAUCGCGUUCACAGUCGGUCACAUUUUUGAUGACGGUCGACUACUAUCUGUUGCCUCUAAAGCUUCUUUCAUCAGCGAUGGGGGUUCCGAGACGUUCACUCCCAUUGAGCCAUUUUCUCUGCUUGAUGAAUCGCACCGCGAGUUGAUCACCGAUAGCCCUGAAGAUGUUGGUUUAGAACUUUCUCGAGGUUCGGUGAUUGAGGAUUGCUAUCCAUGCUCCAAGAUGCAAGAAGGCUUGAUGGCAUUGGCUGUCAAACAACCGGGAUCCUACAUUGCCAAGUACAACUAUCGCAUCCCGUCACAUGUCGACGUCAAUAUCCUCAAGGCAGCGUGGGAACAGAUCGUUAACCAUUUCCCAAACUUGCGUACCAGGAUCAUCAGACUGGGCGCUCUCUCUCUUCAAGUUAUUGUAAAGGGAGAAAUUAAGGAUGGUGACGAGUUCUAUUUCUCCUUUAACCUUCAUCACGCCGUCUAUGAUGGUUGGAUAUUGUCUGUCAUCUUGGAGGCUUUCCACCGGGCUUACAAGGGCCUCCAACCUGCCAACACAGUUCCCUACUCGCAUUUUAUCAAGUACACGAUGGAACUUGAUCACGAGGCCGCCAGCGAGUUCUGGGCGAAGCAACUUGACAACGCUCGAAAAGCUACAUUCCCCUCAGCCCCGAUUGCGUCCGCUAGCAAGCCUGAAGCUUCGCGUACGAUGACAGCGGAGCUUGAGCUCUCCAGGAGCAAUACCAGCAUCACAACAGCAACGAUUAGUAUUCGCAAGCUCAACGCCGACGCCGAUGAAGCCUGCGACUUCACCAGCCUGCUUGUUAUCCAACCUCUCAAGAUGCUUUCACAUCUAGAAGACAGUGGCGAAAGCCCUCUCUUGGUUGGCAUCGAGGAUGCAGAAGACGGUGCAGAUGGAUUGCAGAACUAUUUCUCGUACCCUCUGGUCCUCCAGGCCCAUCUAAGCGACGAUUUCAUGAGGAUCGUCCUCAUUUACAACCCUCACUGCAUUGCUGAACAGCAAAUCAUCGGAUUGUCCGAACAGCUGAAGCAUGUGAUCGCCCAGUUGGCCCAGUCACAGCCCAGUCAGAUGCUACGCGACGUUUCUCUUGUCUCAGAGUGGGAUAUCGCACAAUCGCGCAAUUUCAAUCCAGAUGUCCCCGAAAUUGUCGAUUCGUGUUUCCACACGCUCGUUGAAGCUCAGGCUGCCAAGCGUCCAGAUGCCAUGGCCAUCCGUUCUUGGGACGGUGACUUCACUUAUGCCCAACUCAACCAGGCGGCGAACAGACUUGCAAAUUACCUGGUUCAGACACAUGAUAUCAAGACAAACGACCUGAUACACGUCGUCAGCCAAACCCGGGCCAAGGUUGCAUUAUGCUCGCCAGACAACAGUGAUCUUUGCUCCAGGCUCGUCGAGUCUCCGAUCCAGGUCACUCCUGAAUUCGAUAAGCAGCUUCAAAAACAUGUCAAAGGCCGACAAGGUCCGGCAACGAGAGCCUCUCCAAGCAAUAUUGCCUAUGUCCUCUUUACCUCUGGCAGCACCGGCACGCCGAAGGGUCUCGUAAUGCAACAUGGGUCUGUGUCUUUCGUUUUCGACCUGUCGAUUGGCGAAAUCGUAGCUCCCCUCAUUACAGGCGCUUAUAUGAACGUCAACUGGGCUUUCCUGACACCUUCGUUCGUACGGACCCUGAAUCCGGACGAGGUCCCUGGGCUGGAAGUUCUACUGCUUGCAGGCGAAGCGGUUCCCCGUGAUGUGCUGACGGCCUGGUUCGGAAAGUGGAAAUCUGUGGAUGAGUCGCCUCUCACAAUUGGACGCCCUGUUGGUGGCUUCUGCUGGAUUGUUAAUCCCGAUACUGGCUGUCUCGCCCCUAUCGGCACGGUUGGUGAGGUCGUUAUUCAAGGCCCGACUUUGUUGCAGGAAUACCUCGCAGAUGCAGAGCGUACCAAUGCCGCCAUCCUGCCCUCUGCUGAAUGGGCUCCUCGUCCAGACGAGUCACACUGGAAUAGAUCCUACAAGUCGGGCGAUCUAUGUCGUUAUAAUGCUGACGGUACCAUCGAGUUCUCGACACGCAAGGAUACGCAAAUCAAGAUUCGAGGUCUACGUGUCGAACUGAGCGAAAUCGAAUACCAUAUCCAACAGUCCUUGACAGGUGUGCGUCAGGUGGCUGUUGACGUCUUCAGAGGCGAUAACGGCUCCAAUCUCGUUGCUUACAUUUGCUUCACCGACGAAACGAAGACCGCGGGCAUCAAGACCGACACCCUAUUCUUAUCUGCCGAUGAGAGCUUACGGAACCAGUUGAUUGCUCUUGUUGGAGAACUGGGUGUUGCCCUGCCCCGAUAUAUGAUCCCGACCUUGUUCAUUCCCUGUGCCUUCAUGCCAUUUAUCACAUCAACCAAGCUGGACAGGAAGCUUUUGCAGAAACACCUACUGUCCCUCGAUAGGGAUCAAUUAGCGAUGUAUUCGUUGUCACACAGCGAAAAACGGCAGCCGGAGACUGAAAUGGAACAACGCCUGCAGUUGAUCUGGGCUGAAAUCAUGAACUUGCCGAUGGAGUCUAUUGGCAGAGAUGACACCUUCUUCCAGCUGGGAGGCGACUCAAUUAUGGCUAUAUACCUUGUCUCAACGGCCAAGGAAGAGGGCAUCACUCUAACUGUCAAGGAUGUGUUUGAUGAUCCCAGAUUGUUGGCUGUGGCCUCAAAGGCUGUUCUGAGUCAAGACGAAAUGGAGCCGACGGAUUCUGCUCCAGAGCCAUUCAGUUUACUGCCCAAGUCACAGAAAAGCCAUGUCCUCGGAGAAGAGGUCCGAAAGGUGUGCAACCUUGUCGACAAUCAAACCGUCAAAGACGCGUAUCCAUGCAGUUCCCUCCAAGAAGGUCUCAUAGCCCUUACCGCCAAGCAGCCAGGAUCCUACGUUGCUACCUAUGCCCAUCAUCUAUCCAGCUUCGUGGACAUUCCCAUGUUCAAGGCUGCGUGGGACUCAGUGGUAGAGAUCUGUGACAAUCUUCGCACACGGAUCGUUGUCUUGGACGGUGUCAUGACGCAGAUAGUCCUUGAUCAUGAUAGUCAAUGGGUGUCUUCCGACAAUGAAACUCUCGAGUCUAUGACUGGAUCAUCACGCAAUUUGAAGAUGGGUUACGGAACUCCUCUCUGCUGGUACUCCAUUGUCUCUGAGAAGGGCGAAAACUACUUUGUGUGGUCGGCCCACCACUCCAUUUAUGACGGCUGGACCAUGAGAGUCAUGUUCACAGCUUUGUUCUCAGCAUACCAGGGCAUGUAUACACCUGAGGUCCGACCCUUCUCGUCUUUCAUCAAGUCCGUAAAGGAGCUCGAUAAUGACAAGGUUGCCUCGUACUGGACCCAAGAACUGGCUGGAGCAAAGCGCGCUUCGUUCCCAUCUCGCCGAACUACCCCCGGGAUCAUCGAAAGCAAGCGAUUCAGCUCAACGAUUGCAUUUUCCAAAUCUAUGAAGACUUCUAUCACGCAAGCAUCGAUACUUCGAGCCGCAUGGGCCAUUGUCCUUGCUCGAUACUGCGACAGUAGCGAGGCAGUGUUCGGAGCUACAGUUUCAGGUCGUCAAGCCCCGAUUGCAGGAGCUGAGAUGAUAUCCGGCCCGAUGAUCGCCACCGUCCCCAUCAGAGCCCGCCUAGACAAUCAGGCGCCUAUUUCGAGAUUCGUCCAAGAUAUGCAGAGUUUGAGCUCGUCUAUGAUUCCAUACGAGCAAUAUGGCUUGCAGAAUAUUGCCAAGGUCAGCCCUGAAGCCAGGGAAGUUUGCGACUUCUCAAGCCUUUUGGUUGUCCAGCCACCUGCACAUGGAGCUGGAGACGAUCAUGGCGAGAGCAUCUUCGUGGUCGAUGAAUCCGUAACCGAUCUCACGAUGGACUCCAUGGACGGCUACUUCAAUUAUCCUCUCGUGAUAAUCAGCAGCCUCUACCCUGAAGAAUUCCGACUGAACUUCUUCUACGAUUCCACAGUGUUGUCGGAAGAUCACGUCGUUGCUUUGUCGUCCCAUUUAGACCACGUCAUUCAACAGCUAGUUGCCAAGGAAGCCGUGAAUGCGCCUCUGAGUUCAGUGUCUCUUCUCAGUCCCUGGGACCUGCAGCAAGCAGUCAAUUCAAGCCGGUUGGAACCUUCUAGCGACACUUGUACGCACUGGGCCAUCCAAGAAAACAUCCGCUCUCGGCCAAAUGACGUUGCCAUCGCCUCGUGGGAUGCGGAACUCACCUAUUCCCAGGAACGCGGAGUUGGCCCUGAAAGCUUGGUUCUUCUGUGCUUCCCCAAGUCAGCUUGGGCCGUCAUUGCUAUGGUGGCAAUUGAAAUGGCGGGCGGCGCUUUCGUACCGCUCGAUCCAGCCGCUCCGGCAGCUAGAUUGAAGGGCAUCAUUGAAGACACGCAUUCCACUCUUGCUAUAUCUAGCACAUCCACAAGCAAGGCGCUUGAGGGCCUUGGUGUAGACAUCUUCUAUGUUGAUCAGGAAGUGCUCUCCAGCCUCCCCGACCCAACCAAACCAGUGGCAUCUAAGGUCCAGCCUGAUAAUGCGAGCGUGAUCCUGUUUACUUCUGGCUCCACAGGCAAACCAAAGGGCAUGGUAAUUGAACACAGAAAUCUUUGCUCGUCCAGCGACGCCUAUGGCAGCCUCCUGGGCGUUGGACCGGGUACACGAGUCUUCCAGUUUUCCGCCUACACCUUUGAUGUCGGCAUCUUAGACUGCCUUGUCUCUCUAAUGCGCGGAGCUUGUCUCUGUAUCCCGUCUGACCACGACAGAAUGAACGAUUUGGCCGGUACCAUGCGGUCUUCGAAAGCCAAUUGGGUCUUCUUAACCCCCACAGUUGCUGACCUCUUGUCUCCCACCGAUAUCCCUGACAUGAAAGUGGUGUGUCUCGGUGGUGAGGCCAUCAGCAAGAAGUGCGCGGAUCGUUGGGUGAAUCACGUCGAGUUACAUGGUCUCUAUGGGCCGGCUGAGGCAUCCAUCUGCGCCUGGAAUCCCACCGUUGGCAAAUCCGGUCGAUCGACCAACCUUGGAAGGCCUAUCUCCAGCGCGUUCUGGGUCGUUGAACCGGGCAACCUUCGACAGCUUGUACCUGUGGGGUGCGUUGGCGAACUUCUUAUUGAGGGCCCCAUGCUUGCCCGCGGCUAUUUGAACGUAAGCCCUGAAGUUGCUGCCAGCUGGAUGGAAGACGUGGAUUGGCUUCCAGGCGGAAAGAAGAGAGUGUACCGCACAGGCGAUCUGGUUCGCCGCAAUGCUGACGGCACGUUUGACUACAUGGGCCGCAAGGAUACUCAAGUCAAGCUUCACGGUCAGCGUGUCGAGCUCGGUGAGAUUGAGUCUCGUAUCCAUGAGUUACUGCCUGACAACAUGGCUGUCAUUGUCGAUAUCCUCAAGGCAGAUGACGAGAAUGCGCACGACAUCCUUUUGGCAUUCCUGUGGUAUACCGACGACGAGCCAAACUCCCAGCCACAGAGUCUUCAGUUGAUGCAGUCAGUGUCAGAACAGGCUCAAAGCGUCAUCUUCCGUCUUGAUUCGGCAUUGGAAGAAACUCUACCCUCGUACAUGAUUCCCUCUUCCUACCUGAUCUUCGAAGGCAAGCCCGAACAGACAACCUCAGACCGUCUACGCUUUACGCCAAGCGCCAGCGAUUAUGAAGCGCCGACGACCUCAAUGGAGCUACAGCUGCAGAGCCUCUGGGCCCAAGUCCUCAAGAUCAGCGACAUAUCGACCAUUGGCAAGCACGACAGUUUCCUCCACCUUGGCGGCGAUUCGAUCAGUGCAAUCGAGCUGGUUUCCUUGGCCCAGCGGCAGAACAUUGGCAUCACGGUGGCCAUGAUAUUCAAUAACCCGCGACUCUCGUCGAUGGCAGAGGCCAUCCAGCUCGACACCUCUCAAUCAACUACAACUCACGAUGUAGCUCAAUUCGGCCUUAUACCGGCCAGUGACAAGCCGAGCGCUCUGAGGGCAGUGCAAAUCCAGUACCUCCAGACAGGAUUGAUGGCCUUGACUGUCAACCAGCCAGGAUCAUAUAUCGCAAAGCACGUCUACCGCCUCGCAUCAAACGUCGAUAUUGAGAGGUUCAAACGGGCUUGGGAGCAGACCGUCCGAUACUGCACCAACCUUCGCACACGGAUCGUGCUCUCUGGAAGCACUGCAGUUCAGGCGGUUAUUCAAGAGCCAAUUCACUGGCCUUCUACUUAUACCGACCUGCGUUCGUUCCUCCUAGCACAAGAAAACUGCACCAUGACCUACGGCUCGCCGCUUUGCCGAUAUGCAAUCAUCAGCCAGGGCCGCGAUCGAUACUUUGCAGUAAACAUCCAUCACACCAUCUUUGAUGGGUGGACACUGUCCAUUGUGCUGCGAACGUUGCUCGCCAUGUAUGCCCAGACAGAGCCGCCAUCGAUUGUCCCUUAUACCAGCUUCGUCAAGUACAUCAUGGAUAUCGAUCAGGAGAAUGCACGCAAAUAUUGGUCUACUCAACUUCGUGGCGUAAAACGCACCACGUUCCCUACGCAGAACAAGCCGUCAUCUGCGACACAGAAGAUUGCCGGCAUGCUAGACAAGCAAGUCCACCUAUCACGGCCGUCGGGUUCCUCCAUCACCAGAGCGACUAUCAUUCGCGCUGCGUGGGCAAUUUUGCUGGCUCAAUACGAGCACGACGAUGACGUUUGCUUCGGCACGACCGUCUCUGGUCGACAGGCUGCAGUGCAAGGUAUUGACGAAAUGCCCGGUCUCGCUAUUGCCACGGUUCCUAUACGCGUUCAGCUCGACAGGCGGCAAAAGAUAUCCGCUCUCCUGCAGGCAAUGCAAGAUCAAGCCUUUGAGAUGGUAGCUCACGAGCAGUACGGGCUGGCGAACAUCUCGAGGAUCAGCACUGACGCUAAGGAGGCGUGCAACUUCACCAAUCUCCUCAUCGUUCAGCCGGCUCAGACGUUCACCCCAACCGGCGGUGCCACUGAAUCUCAUGUAUUCUGCCCUGUGGCUGCCGAGGGUUUUGCUGAAGGCGAGCUCCUUGGUGACUACUUCAGCUACCCUCUCGUUGUGCAGUGCCAGCUGCUCGAAAAUGAUGUUCAGUUGAGUUUCAUUUACCAAACUGAUCUCGUCAGCCAUUCCCAAGUGGAAGCGCUGGCCGAGCAAUUCUCGUAUGUCCUUGAGCAGCUCCAGAAGAAUGGCGAUAGGGCAUUGUCGGAUAUCUCUCCCGCGAGCCCUUGGGAUAUUGAGCAGGCAAUUGAGCGGAACCGCUUCGAUAUUGCACCAACAGAGGCCUGCGUACAUGACUUGUUCGCUAAGCAAGUUGCAAAGACACCGCAGCAGGAGGCCCUUUACUCCACCGCCGGCAGCAUGACUUAUGCAGAAGUCGAUCAGUUGUCAGACCAACUCGCUCUGCAUCUCAGCCAGCUUGGCGUCACAUCGGAAACAAUCGUGCCUUUCUGCUACGAGAAAUCCUUGUGGUCGAUUAUUGCCAUGCUGGGUAUCAUCAAAGCUGGUGGUGUCUUCCUACCGCUAGACCCCAGCCAUCCGCUCAGCCGUCGCCAAGCAUUGGUCGAUGAAACAAGUGCCCAGUACCUGAUUGUAUCUCCCAGUACAGCUAAGGAGUGUGUGGGCAUGACCAGAAACAACAUCGAGCUCUCGUCGGCCUUUUUCUCUAGAACGAACGGCCACGCCCCUUCCUCACGAAAGAUCAAGGCUGCUAGAUCUGCUCCCGGAAAAGCCAUGUACAUCCUGUUUACCUCUGGAUCAACUGGAAAACCCAAGGGUGUCAUCAUCGAACACGGAGCCAUAUCGAGCUUCCUCGUCCGGGUCUGCGAAAUCCUCCACAUUACCAAAGAAUCGAGGACCUUUCAAUUCUCUAGCUAUGUGUUUGAUGCCUCAAUCUUUGAAAUCUUCACCACCUUGAUAUCGGGAGGCACCGUGUGCGUCCCCACCGACGCGGAGCGUAUCCAGCACGCAGCAAGCUUCAUGGAACAAGCCCAAGUCAACACGGCCCUUCUGACGCCGACAUUUGUGAAGACACUCGACCCACAGACGGUACACUCAUUGAAAACACUGCUCCUGGGUGGUGAAGCUCCAUCCAGGGACAUUGUGGACUCGUGGCGUCAAAAUGUCAGCCUUUGGAAUGCAUAUGGACCUACCGAAACCUGUGUCGCGUCUUGUCUCCAGCUGUAUGCUGAUGAUGCAGCAUCAGCCACGACAAUUGGCCGUGGGUUUGCUCAUCAUUGCUGGGUUGUCAACGCAGAGAACCACGACGAGCUUGCACCCAUUGGGUGCGUUGGCGAGCUCUUGGUACAAGGAGACGCUUUAUCCCGUGGUUACAUCAAUGAUGAAGAAAAGACAAACAACGCAUUCAUCAGCAAUGUCAAGUGGCUUCCUGAUGAUAUAGAUGUUGGAAGACGACGGUUCUACAAGACUGGUGAUCUGGUCCGAUAUAACCCGGAUGGAAGCCUUCACUACCUUGGCCGCAAGGAUACGCAAGUCAAGAUCCGAGGCCAACGUAUCGAGCUUGGUGAGAUUGAGUACCAGAUUAAGGCUCAAGCGUCCGAUAUCGAGCAUGCGGUGGUUGACAAGAUCUGCCAUGAUACUCAUGAAUCCCUCGUGGCUUUUAUCAGCUUCUCCAGCAGCAAGGGCCCCAACCACUUGUCACAGAUCCAGGUGCUGGAGCACAACAGCGAAAUGCAAGAGCUCUUCUCUCAGUUGGCUGCAGACCUCUCUACUGUCUUGCCCACUCACAUGGUUCCGAAGUACUUCAUCGCCGUCGAGUCGAUGCCACUCAACACCUCCGGCAAGCUUGACAGAAAAGCACUCCUGCAGAUAGCGGCAAGUCUCUCUUCGGAAGACUUGGCGGUUCAUUUAGCUGGCCAGCGUCUACCUUUCCGUGACGCCUCGAGUGACCUCGAGCACUGGCUCCGAGCACAGUGGGCAGACAUCCUCGAACUGCCCAGAGAAAGCAUCAGUGUGGACGACAACUUUUACCAGCUGGGAGGCGACUCGAUUCGCAUUGUCAACAUUUCGAGGCUUGUACUUGACAAGUUUGGGGUGUCCCUUGGCAGCACCCUGUUGAACAGCAAACACACGACGAUCAGCAAUAUGGCCAAAUUCAUCUCCCUGAGCGCGGAGAACGGGGCCACAGAGGUUGACCAUUCAGAUGCAGACGUCGACCUCAUGGCCAAGAUCAACGCGAUUACCAACUCGCUCUGGAUGCAGCAUCCGCAAGCCCUGUUUGAAAAUCCUAGAACCACACUGCCUGACCAAGCCACAGUUUUCUUGACGGGAGCCACUGGUUUCCUCGGCACCGAGAUUCUUAGACAGCUGGUGCGGAAUCCAGCGAUCAGGUCUAUAGCCGUUCAUGUCCGAUCGAAAUCGCUAGCACAAGGCAUGGAUCGGGUCAGGGAGACAGCUAAGAUUGCAGAUUGGUGGCGCGAGGAAGAUGAGGCCAAGUUGGAGAUCUGGCUUGGUGAUCUCUCCAAGACACGUUUGGGCCUCACAGAAGCACAAUGGCAACGCCUAGCCGGGUUGUCCACCUCAGAGACCAACAUUGAUGCCAUUAUCCACAAUGGAGCAUCUGUCAACUGGAACGCCAACUACGAGACGCUGAGCGCUCCCAACGUCAGCUCAACUGUCGACCUGCUCAUGGCGACCGCGACCUCACCAUGCCAGCCCAAGUUUGUGUUUGUGUCUGGGGGUGCCUUUACGGAUCCUACCGAAAACCCGGCUGUGAAUGCAGCCCUCCUCCGCGGUGCCAACGGCUACUCCCAAACCAAGUUUGUCUGCGAGGCCGUCAUUACGAAGGUGGCCAACAGCCUCCCCAGCACCCAGAACCGAGUGUCGACGGUCAAACCGGGACGUAUCAUCGGAAGGGCAGAGAAUGGCGUUUCCAACGUCGAUGACUUUGUCUGGCGUGUCGUAUCCACGGCAGCGUCAAUCCAGGCUUACCCAGAGGAAGCAUCGGACCACUGGAUGGUCAUGCAAGACGUAAGCGUGGUUGCAUCCAAUGUCCUCGGCCAGCUCUACAACGAUGCCAUCAAGCCAUUCAACCUGCUGGCAAGAGGAAUGACCAUGUCGGACUUCUGGGAACGUGUCAACGCCGAACUGGAUGUCCCGUGCAAACCGGUCACCUGGCAAGAAUGGACCGAGCGCGCCCUGGCCUCGAUGAACCAAGUCGGCAACACGCACCCACUGUGGCCGGUGCAGCACUUCCUCGGCCAGCUCGGUCUACCGAGAGAUUUUGCUACUCUGGCCAAAGCGGGAACCCACGAGUGCAUGCAGUCCCAGCUGGCUGUCCAUAGCAAUGUGCAGUAUAUGAAGAAGAUUGGCUUCAUCCAUUCUUCGGUGGAAGGACUUGGCAACGUUCAGCGAGAGGGCACGAUUCGACGUGUGCAUGCACUUGGAGGGUAA